AUGGAAAGACACUUUGAGUUGUCGCAUGAUGUUAGCCUGGCACAAGCCCCACCACCCAAGCGGCCCCUAUUCGGGUAAGCAGCGUUUAGUAAGGUCCGAGGUGACGUAGGCGAGGGCGCACGAGAGAUCAAAAGCUCGGUCCCGUUGUUUUAUUUGUCCGGUCUGAGAGAGAGAGAGACCGUUAUCAUGCGACACCCCCAGACAAAGCGAGAGUCUGGGGGAGAGAGAGAGAGAAUGCCAGGGGUCACAGGAUCCGACCGUCGUCCUUCCCUUAUUAGUAGCCAUUCUCACCAGUUAUCAUCCCGAUCAGUUGUUCCGUUCAUAUCUUGCUUAUCCCUCACGUUUUAUUACUCGUCAUCUUAUCCGAUAGCCUCAGAAAGUUUCGUGACGUCAUUCGUUUUAGUUCAUCCAGCCCUGUUUCAACCGUCUUCGACCCCCGUCGGUCCCACAGCUCCCUAUCUCGUUCGUUUCCCGUCGUUUUUGAAUCCGUACGUUCCGUUGCAAGCACGUAGUGCUUCCUGGGCGUGUCGUGUUCCCCACAAACCAACAACUACCCAUCCCAACAUGGACCAGCCGCUGAUACCGCCAAGGAGUGCAUCCACCGAGAGAAUCGACGACCCCGAUCAGACCCUUCAACCAACCGUUGAGUCACCGCUCCCACCGCAACCGGCAAGAAAGCGUUCGAGAACCGCUUCCACCCCGCCCGGCCUCUUCCGCCUCACUCCUGAGCAGAUCGGCGCGAUCGUACCAGCCUUCACCCUGGCCCUAGCGGACGCGAUACCGCAGAAGGCAAAAGCCAACAUUGAGACCAUCACAGCAGUACGAGAUGCAGCGAUCACCGACUUUAUGACCACGCACACGGUCAUCAAGAAAGUCAUCGGAGUAUUGAACGCUCCACAGUGCGGAGCGAGCUUGCCCCCUGGUAAUUCGCAUAUGGUACUGAGCACGUCGUCCUCCAACAUUGCCGAAACCGAAGAGCGCAGCCGACAAGAGGAGCCGAUCUCCAACAACACUCGUUCGAAGACCCGAGCCGCUCUCGGGACGAAUACCGACGAUGCGACCCCCGCCAGGAUCCUGACUUUCACAACGCCACUCAAGCCAACUCAAGGAAUCCAGCCGUUCACGGGCGCACCAGGCGAGCAAUUCGAGAAGUUCCUCAGAAGCUUCAACGACAACGUCGCACUUUGCACCCCGCCUCUCACCAGCGACAACAAGAAGAAUUACCUCUUGGCUUACCUGAGAGACCGAGCAAGGGACAUGGCCGAGGACUUCUUGGAAGCGAACGCGAACGCUACGUUCACGCAGUUGGUGGAACACCUUCGACAGGAAUCGACGGAUCCGUGCCGCGCAGAGAUAGCUCGACAAGCUCUACGUAUCUGUACCCAGGCCGCCGGUGAAUCAGUCGACGCCUUCUGCGUAAGGACCCAUAAGCUGGCCUACACGGCCUACGGAGGCAACCGAUCAGUCGUCGAGGACAAAACGAUGGAGUCCUUCGUGGAUGGCCUUCUUCCGGACAUCAAGUUCCACACCAGAGGUCGUUCCCCCAAAACGCUCAGAGAAGCACUGGCCGCCGCCUUGCAAUACGAGCUCCUCCUCCAAGAGACAGCCAGGACGAACACCGUGAGACCGUACGCAGCCAUCGAAGCAGUCCUAGCUCGUCAACAACUCAGUGAGGAACCCCGGCAACAGACGGCCGAACAGCGACGACCGAGAGAACAGUGGAACAACCAGCGGUCAAGCAGAGACAACACGCAACGAGGAGACAGCAGACCGCAAUACCCCGGCAACUACGGACAGAGGGAGUCACGCACGUGUUUCUAUUGCGGAAUCAAGGGACAUCUGGCUAUCGAUUGCCGGCGGAAGGCAAUUGACAUCGAACGCGGAACCUACCAGCGAGCACAGAACAACCCACAGUCCAACCAACGACAGCCGCAGUUCCAACGUCAGGACCCCACCCUCAACCACCGGGUGGCCCCUCAACCAUACGGAAAGGUCCAGGCCAUCGGAGAACGAAUGGACACGUCGGAGAGAGAAUUGAUGCUCCAGCAAAUCGAAGCCCUCAAAGCAAGGAAUGAGGAGUUGGCCGCAUCGGCAUACCACCCGUCGAUCAACGUGUUGAGCGCCGUAAGUAAACCGGCAUUCUGGCUCACAAUCUGCGCGCUAGUCUGUGUCGCAUCGGCAUCGGACCCCCUGUUGUGUCUACCAACCGCGAAGGAAACGUACCACCGCCUUCCACCAACGAUCGAUUGCUCACCGCUGUUCGACUUGAAGACGGAAGAUCUCCAGACACGCACGCUGACACUCUACCGCCCCAACACCGUCGAAUACUCAUCACCGGGAAUGUUUUGCCGAAUCGUCCGCACCUUUUCGGAGUACUGGAUCAACCUGGUGGGAGUGCAGCACGAAAACACAUCGAACCAAGAACUCAUCGUCUCACCGGAGGAAUGCAGACAGAUGUCCAAACAUCACAAGUGCAACCACGGAGAGCUGAGAGAGAUUGACGGAGUCUACAAGACAACAAACGACCACGUUAUGGAAUGGCCAUCAGCACCACUCGGAGCCUUCCAGACGAAGACCUCGGAAACAUUCAAUUGCUUCUACAUGCCAACAGAAGUGAUUGCCCACUUCGGAAGCACCAAGCCAUCGACCACCGUGGCGAUCAUGACAGGAUGCGAGUACCAGGAAGGAUUCUGCAACAAUGCGCAAGGAUCCGCCCUGAUCUGGUCCCCAUCAGUCGACCAGAAAUGCCGCUUCAUCAGAGUUGGCCGCUUCAAGGGAUUCCAAAAAGGGAACAUCUGGAUCUCGGAGGACAAGCAGAUUGCCCUCUCGUUCCCCAACUCAACGGCAACGAUAACAGACUGUCAGCGCAGCCUACAGCUGACCGAGCAGGGAAUCGCAUUCAAGGACCACGUCAUGCGAAAGAAGAGAGAGCUGGACCCGGAGAUGAAGAAGAUGGUGGGCAUCGUCUACUCCACCCAACAUUCCGCCCAGCUACUCGCCGCCGAGGCAGCCGCUAUCGAACACUCGAAGGAAUGGUUCACACGACACUUCCACGCCUGGUGCCUAUCGUUGAACACCGUCUCGGCAGCAGCCAGCGCCGCAGCAGCGUCCAGCCCGGAUUUGGUGAUCCGCCAUUUGCUCAACAGGACCGACCUGGCAGCAAACUACCUCGGAGACGGAGUGUUGGCGGUUAGACAGUGCCACCGAGUCCCUCCGAUUGCGUUCAAGCUGCUGCCAUUCGAGGAGAAGUGCUUCUCGAAGCCGCUGGCCAAAGUACAACUCCUGGGAAACACGUCGGUAACCAUGUUCCUGGAUCCGGUCACCAGCAUCCUGACCUCACGGGCUCACGAACUCCCGUGCGCAUUAACCACCGACUUUGAGUUCCUUUCGGACGGAAAACUGUCGAGACUCAACCCGUUCUCCCUCGAAAGGACACAAGUGGAAGACUUUCUCCCGGUCACGUUCACAGUGGAUGGCCUGACAUCGUCAGACGCCGACGUGGCCCCGACCAUUUUCUCGAACCUCAUCAUGGCCACAAUCUCGGAAGACACAGCGCCACGCCACGUGGAGGACUUUUACAAGGCACUUCAAGGGAACCCCGAAGCACUGACCAGGAUCGUGAGCCACAACGGCGACCCUCGGGACGGACCGAUCACAGCUCACAAAAUGGAGGAAAUCCUUUCCCUCUGGGAACGCGUCCAGUGGCUGUGGCAAAUCGGGCUGACGAUUUGGACAGUUGCGACAAACAUCGUCGUCACACUCUUCGUGGCCGCGAUGGUGAUCUCCUUCCUCGCUCAGCAGUACGUCGCUCCAAUCAUGCAACGGAUCCCGACGCCAUGGAAAAAGACACAGAGACCACCCAACCACAUCGGGGCGGUCGUGGAUUACUCGGAGAUCGUCGUUGUCAACACCAUCGCCCAACCAGUCCCGGAGCGCCCGCGAUUCUUCACGGCGCACAUUCCCCUCAAGUGCAACGGAGUGUCAAUUUUGGCUCUGGUCGACACCGGCGCCAGCUUCACGGUCACAAGCGCCAGCUUAUGUCCCCUUUUCGGCGUCUACCAACUGACAACAUCACCCACGGAAUCGGCCGUGGCGUUCGGAGGUGGACACGUCGAGAUGGCAGGGAUGGCAGCAAUGAGCAUCGAAGUGGCCGGUACACAAUACCAACACGAGGUCCACUUCACCAAGAACGACUGCAUCCCGAAAGGACCAACGACUUACAACGUCAUCCUGGGCAACGACUUCUUACGCCGCCUGCCGCGUUUCCAUCUCGACUACGCAGCCAACCGGUUCAUCGUAGGAAAGCACCACAUCCCGCUCGGUCACCUCUGGUACUCACCACACCCGCGGAACAACGACGAUCAAUUCAAGGUACGGGCACUACGAACCACGGUAGUCCCGCCGCAUUCCGAAGCGUUCGUUAGGUGCGCCACCGAUUUAAUGUCGUUCGUGUACCCAGCAGUCAUGACCACCCAGAGCGUUAAAGAAGGGAGAGAGGACCUAGUAGUCACCCCCGCGGUUUUCGAUACCUGGCACCCCCGUCUGUUAGUAACGAACCCCACAGACGCGGCUAUCACCCUGUACGAGAAAGAAGUCCUAGGUAAGGCCACCUGGUAUAUUGGCGGCGCCGAGAUCAACGCGGUCUGUUCGGAGAAGCACAGUGUCGCUUCACCGACUGACCAAGAAGAUCUUCAGCCACUUGACCCCGAAUUCCACGUUAACCUCGAAAACAACAGCCUUUCCGACGACGAAAGAAGCGCCCUGAGCGCGCUAAUCGAACGAUUUGCAGACGUUUUCUCCAGAAACGCUUACGACCUCGGGAGUUCCAGAACAGAUCCAGUGCACAUCUACACCAACACUGAAAUUCCCAUUAGAGGAAGGCCGUACCGAGUACCGACCAAGUUCCAGGCCGAGCUCGAGCAGCACAUCAACGGCCUACUGCGAUCAGGAAGGAUCACGGAGAGCAACACGCCGUGGACCUCUCCCCUGGUUCUCGUCAAGAAAAAGAACGGAUCAAUGAGAGUCUGCUUGGACUUCCGCCGGCUCAACGAAGUAACGAUCCCCGACAACUUCCCACUCCCACGGAUAGAAGCGAUCCUCGAAAAGGUGGGAGGCAGUAGCUAUUUUUCCAGCUUGGACAUGGCGAACGGCUACUUGCAACUCCGACUCGACGCGAGUUCAUCGUACAAAUGCGGAUUCACGACGGAGAAUAAAGUGUACGCAUACACCCAUCUUCCCUUUGGCCUCCGGUCGGCAGCCUCGUACUUUCAAAGAGCAUUGAAGGCAGUACUCGGAGGAUUAGACGACGAAGUACUGGUCUACAUCGACGACAUAUUGGUGUACAGCAAGGACUUCGACCAACACCUGGCAUCCAUCGAGAAAGUCUUGGCCCGAUUCCGCGAGUUCAACUUAAAAGCCUCUCCGAAGAAAUGCGAAUUCGCAAAAAGAACCAUCUCAUUCUUGGGACACGAGAUCACCAGAAACGGCUACUACCCCCUCAAGUCAAAUGUGGCAGCCAUAGCAGCAUUCCCCACUCCCAAAAAUUCGGAAGAAGUGAGGCGUUUUGUAGGAAUGGCCGGCUUCUUCAGGAAGUUCAUCAAGGACUUCGCCGGGAUCGCGGAACCACUCACUAAGAUGUCACGAAAGAACGUGAAGUUCGAGUGGGACCAACCGCAAGAAGACGCAUACCAAACACUGAAGAAGGCCCUGGUCGAGGAACCCAUCCUCGGUUUCCCAGAUUACGACAAGCCGUUUCACAUCUUCACCGACGCUAGCGCAGUAGCCCAAGGAGCAGCCCUCAUGCAGACAAGACAAGACGACGAGAAGUCGUACACCGUCAUCGCCUACACUAGCCGCACGCUCGCUGACACCGAGACGAGAUGGCCAGCAAUCCAAGUGGAGUUAGGCGCCAUCAUCUUUGCCCUACGUCAGUUCCGCCCCUACGUGUGCAUGUCGAAGAUCGUCCUACAUUGCGACCACAAGCCGCUGAGCUACCUCCUGUCCAAAAGUAAGACCCACGACAACCUUUCCAGGUGGCUCAUCGAGUUACAACAAUACGACGUGACGAUCGUCCACAUCGACGGUAAGAAAAACACCGUCGCCGACUGCCUGUCAAGAGCCAAGGACGAGGUCGCACCCCUGGACGGAGUCGAACUCAAGGACAUAAUCGAUUUCCCAGUGUGCAUGACGUCAGCAGACCUCGAAGCCAAACGUCUACCAGAAAUCGCAGCGUUCACGCCAAGGAACGGCAGACCGCUGAAUCUGCUCAAGGAGCAACAAGACGACGCCGAGCUGGGGAAAGUGAGGCAAUUCCUCACAAACAAAACAGCCCAGAUCGAGGAGCUCCCCGAAUCGUGGCUUCCACUGAUCGAAUACUGCAGCAUCUCAGCAAGAGGACUCCUCGUCGUCUCCUUCCCUCCUGCCAACCUGCCGAAAACAGUGAUCCCCACCAAGCUGAUUGAGCUACUCUUCGAAGCGUUCCACACAAACGCACUGGCCGGAGGACACUUCAGCUGGCGGAAGACCCUCCACAAAAUGCAGAAGCGGUUCUUCUGGCCCGGAAUGAGACGCGACACAUUCGAAAAGUGCAUCGCCUGCCCCAAAUGCCAGGAGAAAAGGAACCCGAACCCACCCAACCGCGAAGAGCUACUAACAGUACCCACGUCGCGAGUGUUCGAGAAGGUUGGCAUCGAUCUGACAGGACCCCUGACAUCCACACCACGCGGGAACAAGUACUACGCAAACCUCAUCUGCUGGUUCUCCAAAUACGUGAUCUCCGUCCCAUUACCCGAUUGUCGCUCAGAAACGGUCGCACGCGCAGUACUCAACGAGUGCGUUCUCAAGUAUGGGGCGAUGUCGGAAAUCAUCACCGAUGGCGGCUCGUACUUUACCUCGGCCGCCUUCAAGGAAUUCUGCGACCUCCUCAAGCUAGGGCAGCACGUCUCCAUCCCACACCAUUCCCGAGGCAACGGAGCCACGGAACGCACCUUCCGGACGUUCCACUCCAUCAUGGCCAAGUACGUGAACGAGAAACACACGGACUGGGACCUGCUCCUCCCCGCCAUCACGUUCUGCUACAACACGUCCACUCACUCCACGACGCAGGAAACUCCGUUCUACCUGAUGUUCGGAAGAGACCCAGUAUUUCACGUGGACAGGAUCUUGAAUCCCGAACCAACGGCGCUCAAGACCAUCGAUGCAGAACAACUCCGCGAGUCACUCACAACGACACUGCAAGAAGCCUGGACGACCGCCCGCGAGCACGCCGUCAAGGCUCAGGAAACCUUCAAGGCGAAUGCAGACACCGCCGUGAAACCAUCGGACAUCAAACCAGGAGAUCGGGUGCUGAUGAAGAACUACGGCGCGAAAACCAAGCUGUCCAGAAAACUGGUAAUGCCAUGGAAGGGUCAAUUCCGCGUACUUAAAGUAAAUCGUCCCUUGGCCACCAUCCAAGACAUCCGACGACCCACGAAGCCGACGCGUACCGUCCACCUCGACCAAAUCAAGAAAUUCGUGGAACCCGAAGGGCCAGCCCACACCACGCCGGAAGACGAGACGGAAGAUGAGCAACCGGAAGACACUCGGGCUGAGCGCAAACCUGAAUCCACCACGCCGCCCCCAUCAGUACCGGAAACCCCGUUCACCGACGUGCAGGAGCCACCGCCAAACCCCCAGGUGAUCCGCCGCAGCCCACGCCUUCACCCCGCUCCUCCUCCGGUCAUAGUACAGUCACCUCGAGCCCGGCCCCCAGCCGAGCCUGCAAACACCCCCGCACGUUACAAUCUGCGUCCGCGCCACCAUUAG